UUUUCUUGACGAUAUUGGCCGACAAUUAUCUGGCUCCAAAUGGCCGUGAGUGGAUGCAGGUCGUCCGCCGUCGCCGGCGUGAAAUGGUCCUUUAUCCGUACGCUUCCUACUCUUCCGACGAGAGGCCCACCUCCCUUCCUCCUCCUUCCUCGAUCCACUAGAGCCCUUGUCCGCCGCCGCUUCCUCUUCACACUCGCUGCCUGGGACUCCAAUCCCCAGCAACAAAAGCAGCAGCAGCAGCAGCAAGAGAUCAACGUCUCCAUUCUCCGUUUCACGUUUGGGAUUCCGGGCCUUGACGAGUCCUACCUUCCGAGAUACCUCGGGAUUGCACUUGGCACUCUAAUCGUGAUCAACCACGUUUUCUCCGCUGCCUCCGCCACUCCUGCUCAGCUGAGAACUGAGGCUCUAGGGAUUUUCUUGGCUACCUUCUCGAUCGUCCUCCCUUAUCUUGGGAGGUUUCUUGAGGGUGCAAUAGUGGAUCGUACCUCACUGCCAGAAGGAAAUAGGCAAAUAUUCCUCAUGCCCAAUAACAUCUCAGACGAUCUGAAGGAAGAUAUGGCAUGGGCCUCUUAUGCUCUUUUACGCACCACGAACAGCAUAUCAGUGAUUAUAGCAGUUAAUGAUGGACUAUGCAUACGUGGAUACUGGAACAUGCCUGAAGAUGAAGACGAUUCGAGAGAUCAUCUAUUGCAAUGGUUUGGCAAUGGGAUUCAACAAAGUGGCUUUUUUGACCUGAAAGAAACAGUAUAUUAUCCUGAAAGCCUAGGAUCUGAGGUAAGGAUUCCACUACCUAAAGGGACUCUUUCAAUGCUAGUGCAGCCAGUAAUCAGAGUUUCUGAUGCAUUUACCAAUUCGAUUCCACCAUUGGAGAAUGAAGGGUUUCUCCUACUGGCAUCCAACGUCAGAUAUGCAUAUUCCAAAAAGGAUAGAGCUUGGAUCAAGGCUGUUGCAAAUAAGUUCUUACACACCAGUGAAGUCAAAAAUACACAAGGAUUUGUAACAUCUCUGUGAGGUAUUCAGAUAUUUGUAAUCAUUUCUGUUCUAAGCAUCUGAAUUUCAGGUCCCA